AUGGGAGAGGAGGGGAAAACCAGAGUGGUGGUAGAUGAGGGUCUCAUUAAGCCAUGUUUCUCCGCUGCCAUGAAAGCUCAAAGAGAGCAUGAGCGCACCACUUUAUCUCACUUCAUCGUUGAGAAGAAGCCGAAGAGCGGGCCUGUGAUCAUGGGAUUUGCAGGGAAUUGGCGAAGCUUGGAGGCUGAUUUGCUGCGAUCAAAGGGAAAGUUUGGAGAGUGUAAAGUGGACCUUGGCAUCUUUCCUUUGCUUAAAAAUCUCUGCACCGAUGAGCCAGCCAAAGUCAAUGAAGCCUUUCUCCAUCGCUUUUCAGAUCUCUUCCUCAAAGAUGAUCGAUUUCAGAAAAAGGUUCAGAAAGCUCAAGAAAGUAAGGAGAAGUUGAUACUUACCGGCCACUCUAUUGGGGGAUCAAUUGCAAUCAUAGCCACUCUGUGGCUUCUCAACCAGUCCUGAAAACCAGGCACCAACCUUACCACCCCUCUAUGCAUCACCUUUGGAUCUCCAUUAGUGGGAGACCAACGCCUUGUCCAGGCAAUUUGUAGAGAGAAUUGGUCCUCACACUUCAUCAACUUCGUAUCAAGAUACGAUGUAGUUCCCCGAAUCCUCUUCUCCCCUUUCUCAUCCAUUCACGCUCAAUUACGUUUAAUUCCUCAGCUAUGGACACCUUUUUCUUCUUCAUCCAAUAAUGUAAGAUUUCAAGAAAUAGCAGCCAAGCUUUACACUACUGUAAUGACAAACACAUUGUCCAUAGCUAGCUGCACUAGUGCCUCUUUUUCUAUGGUACCGGGGGUCACUAAUCCAAUGUUUGAAGCCAUAGCUAGCAUGGUAGAACUUAGUCCAUAUAGACCUUUUGGGUUGUCUGUAUUUUUCGAUGAAAACAUGAGAAGCAUGAGAAUGGUGGGACUUGAGAAUUGCGAGGCUACUUUGCAAGUGAUGUUCUACACAGCGCUAGCAGAUGCCCAUGAAGUUGUGGAGGUGGCCAAGAGAGGGGUGGCUCAGCAUCUCAUAUAUGGAUCCAUGUGUGAAAGAAUUAGAAUGAAGGAUGUUGUGUUUUUGGAAAAACUGGAUCAACUUCCAUUGUCUACUCAAGGUAUCAACUUCCAUUGUCUACUCAAGGUAGCAACGACAACGAAGCCAAUUCGCUUCUCCACGAGUUUGGACUGGGGUACAAAAGCAAGGCUGGCCCUUUGUAUGGCCAGACAAUCCGAAAUGCAAAAGCAUGACAACCAUGCCAAAGUAUGUAAGAGUUUUGACAAACUUCAGCCAGCAUUAAGUUGGCUCAUGGAUUACCGGGACAGUUAUGAAAAGGAAGGUACAUGUUACUAUGACGCGUUUAAGGCCCAAAAGAACACAAAGGACUUCAAGGCCAAUGUGACGCGGCUACAGCUUGCAGGUCUUUGGGAUGUGGUGAUUGCUCUAUUACGUGACCACCAAUUACCGGACAUCUUUGAGACGAACCCUGAAUGGGUACGAAAAGCCACCACAUAUCGACACUUAGUAGAGCCCCUUGAUAUAGCCAAUUACUACAGGCAUGCUAGAAAUAAGGAUGGUGGGCCUUACUUGGAUAAGGGUAGACCUAGGCGCUACAAGUACGCACAGAAGUGGCUAGAGAGGAGCGAACCCAAGAUAGGCUCGCCAAAGUUCGACUCGUCUUGGCUAAUGGCAGAGGUGGAAGAAAUGUUGAGAGAGAGGAGUUUUAUAGAUAUGAAGGAGAAGGUGUUGGAUUUUGAAAUGGAGAUGUUGGGCUGGAAGAAUGAAGGCAUGUUAGUGCUGAGGAGGGAUAUAGGGGUGGAUGAGGGGUCUACAUUUCUGAAAUGGUGGAACACACUCCCUGUAGAGCAUAGGAAGAAUAGUUGCAUCAAGGAUUGGUUUGUUUCAUGAAGGAAGAUAUAGCUUUCUUGAGAGCCAAAGGAAGUUAUAACUCCAUUGUCUGAUUUCAUAGGAGCACUACCCCUCAUAAUUGUAACAACUAGGUUUAAAAUAUUAUGGGUCAUUUGGCUCC